AAGGCACUGAAUAAUUGCUCUUCCACCACUCCGGAGGUCUCUGUAGUUCUCAUUGUCAAAUGUCAUUUUCUAUUCUAGAUUAUCAACAUCACACUCUACGAAAUCGACUUCACCUAUAUUCUGUACCUACAAAUAUAUACUAUACCCAGAAUUGGUUUCCAAUAUUUUGCGUGACAAAUAGGAAGUCUUUCGUUAUUUGAAUAAUUGAAUCCCUUCCCUCUCAGACGGGAAUCGGGUUCUGAUUAUUUUCUGCCGUUUUGAACUGGGUUUCUGUUGAUUAUAAAAAAAAAAGAAUUGGGUUUUUGUUAGUUUUUACAAAAGUCUAAGAGAGAGAGAGAGAGAGAGAGAGAUGAAUAAUAUGGUGGCAUUGAAGAAAUUAUGGAUGAAGAAGACAAUAGUGGGUCUUGUGUUGGGUCAGCUUCUUUCUCUUCUGAUCACUUCUACUGGCUUUUCUUCAUCUGAACUCGCCAGAAAAGGAAUUAAUGCGCCAACUUCACAGUCUUUCCUAAAUUAUGUGCUACUGGCGUUGUUCUACGGAUGCACUUUCAUAUAUCGAAAGAAAGCUCUCAAGGCGAAGUGGUAUUACUACGUACUUCUUGGCCUGGUAGAUGUAGAGGCCAAUUUUCUUGUGGUGAAGGCAUAUCAGUACACGUCCAUUACAAGUAUUAUGCUGCUGGAUUGCUGGUCAAUCCCAUCUGUCAUAUUUCUAACAUGGUUUUUCUUGAAGACUAAAUACAGACUCAGAAAAGCUAUAGGCGUUGCUAUCUGUGUUGUUGGUCUUGUUGUGGUUGUCUUUUCUGAUGUACAUGCAAAAGAUCGGUCAGGAGGCAGCAACCCACUUAAAGGAGACUUGCUUGUGAUUGCUGGGUCUACACUUUAUGCUAUCAGUAAUGUCAGCGAGGAGUUCUUCGUGAAAAGUGCUGAUAGGGUCGAACUCAUGGCGAUGCUGGGUAUUUUUGGUGCUAUUAUCAGUGCUUGCCAAAUAAGCAUACUUGAGCGUAAUGAGCUCAAAUCUAUCCACUGGUCAGCUGGGGCAGUGUUUCCUUUUAUUGGAUUUGCAGUGGCGAUGUUUCUGUUUUACUCAGGUGUUCCCAUCUUGCUGAAGAUCAGUGGGUCCACAAUGCUAAACCUCUCUUUGUUGACCUCAGACAUGUGGACUGUUUUGAUUCGCAUCUUUGCAUACCAUCAGAAGGUUGAUUGGAUGUAUUUCCUAGCUUUUGCUGCUGUUGCAGUUGGGCUCAUCAUUUAUUCCGGGGGUGAUAAAGAGGAGGAACAAAAAAGUGCUGAUGUAGGCGACGAAGAAGUUGAGCGGAGCAAGCAUUUCGAUGAGGAAGCUGGUUCCGUCGGGAGACGCUCGAAAACCGGAGAAAGUAGUAGUAGUAGUAAGAUUGACUUGGCUUCUACUGGGACUGCUGAAAGAGCAGAUAACAGUAGGGUCUUGGAAAAAGAUGACCCAAGGGAAGCCAUUUGAUUCAUCAUUUUUGCUGAAGUAGAAAUUAAAUAAAAUUUUUGCUUUCUUAUUGAUGAUGUGACUCAUGUCACUUAGGUAUUGGAAUACCAUGAUUCACAUAAAAACUACUGAGGAAGAUGUAAAUUGUGCACAA